GGCGUGCACAAUUCCAGUGUUCUGCCUCCCUCCCCGCGAACGGCUGCCGCCGCGCCAGCUCCGCUUUACUCCCGCGCUGCUCCCGCAAAUCCCGCCGCCGUCCUCGCGGCCGCUUCGACCCCGGACACCGCGCCAACAACGAGCGCGGAUGGAAGGUUGCCGCGCCAGCAACGCCCGCGGAUGGAAGGUUGCCGCUCCCGCAAGCUCGGCCCGCAUCGCCCCCGCACUUCUCGCCACCAACGACCGCGGAUGGAAGGUUGCGGCACCAAAUCGCCGCUCCCGCAAAUCAGCAUCAGCCGCGAAGGUACAACUGCUCCUCGCCGCUCCCGCAAAUCAGCCUCGCGGCCGCUUCGCCCCCACACUUCUCGCCACCAAAGACCGCGAAUGGAAGGCCGCGCCCGCAAAUCGUGAAUCCGCCGCGCCAUCAAAGCCCACUGACGUUCAAAUCAAUCUCGGCAGUGGAUGCUCCCGCGGAUGGAAGGUCCCAGAUCUCUUCUCGCCAUUACCGCGCCCGCCCCCUCAAUUCCCAUAUCUCCUCUCCAUUCUCUCUGAACGUCCACUGCCGAUUCCAUUCUCUCGGUUCUUAAAAACCCCUAAUCGAUCCAUACGCCAGUGAAGCCACACGUCGCCAGUGGACACGGUGCUGAAGGUUCUGGCAGAAAGAAGACCCACGACAUCUUCAACACAGAUAAAUAACCUGUUUUUUACUUGUAGUAACCCUGAUAACGUACCGAAAGAACUCCCAAGUGAUCUUGAAGAACUAUACCUUCAACGGCAAAAUCCAAGUAGUUUGUUGUUUCAUCUAGCGAGGUGUCUGUAAGAAGGAAGGGAUAAGGCGUUUGGUUGACCCGGACCGGACGACAGGACACGGUCGGGGGUUCGCUGCAACGCAUCGACGGCUUCCGCAGCUUCUCAGGCCAAGGCUACAAGGUUUUGAUGGAACCGGUCGUAUUGAACCGUGAAAGAGCCGCAGCUGACCGCCUAAAACGGAUGCCUAUCUUCAGAUUGUUCGACGACUACCGUGAUGAAGAUUUUUAUUAUGGGCUUCCGCGGAAAUACAGUAUUGUCGCUCGGGUCGAAGUUAAAUUCCCGAUUGAACCACGUUUUCGUGAUAGACAACAUUUCGUUUUGUCUGACAUCAAUGGAGCCAAGAUCGAGGCCAUAACAUAUAUGUAUGAGACAGUCAAACAUUUCGACAAUUUGCUCCAUGAAAAGCAUGUUUACAAGAUGCAUAAUGUGAAGUUCAGUCUUCAUCCGGGUGAAUUUAAUUUUCGUCAUCUAAAUGGUCCCAUGGAAUUGUGUCUUGACCAACAAACUAUCGUGGAGCCAUACACUGUUCCAAUUCAGAUGGCGCCAUUCCCAAAACAAAUACUAUUGAACCUUGCUGAUAUUGCCGAGUUGCCAAACAGGACUUUAGUCGACAUUAUGGCUGUUGUAGUCCACUUGGAUACAAUACAUCGCACAAUGUGGGGCCCUUUCAGAAAGAUUGUGAUAAUGGAUGCUAGGGGAUAUUUACAUAUCAUUAAAGUUUGGGGUGACCUACUAAACAAAAAUGCACUCCGCUGGGCGUUGGCUAAGGAGGAUUAUGGCAUAAUAAUUGGGACUAUGUUUAGACGGUUCAGAAGACAAGAGUGCCUCGAGUCUUCGGAUCAUACCGCAAUACACUUCAAUCCGUUCCAUCACAACACCCAUCAUUUUCGACCAAUCCAAAAAGCUUUGGUGGCGCUGAACAACCGUCAGUUUGCUGUUACAUUUCUUGAAGAAGAAAGGCGUAGAUAGAUUCUACAAAUUCGCAAAGAGCAAUAAUUGGGACUAUGUUUAGGCGUAGAGAGAUUUGAUAGAAUACGUGUCGUACUGUUAUUGAGCAACCAAACGCAACAAGAGGCAAACUUGUAUGUCUAUGAAUCUUGUUUGUAAUACCUAUGACAUGGGUUUAAUAAGAGAUAUUUUGUGAA